AUGCCUGAAUACAUGAAAGCAGUCGACAUCAAGGGCGGCAAGGGCCCGAUCGACAACCUCUUCAUCAACGCCGAGGUGCCCAAGCCCACCCCCGCGGCACACCAGGCCCUGGUCAAGAUCAAGGCCUUCGGCCUCAACCGCAUGGACCUGAUCCAGCGCGAGGGCCACUACCCGCUCCCGCCGCAGGCCGGCCCCAUCAUGGGCGUCGAGUUCUCGGGCACGGUCGAGGCCCUCGGCUCGGAGGAGGCCCACCACUGCCGCGGCCUCAGGGUCGGCGACGAGGUCUUCGGGCUCGCGUACGGCGGCGCCUACGCCGAGUACAUCGCGGUGAGCACCAAGAUGCUGCUGCACAAGCCGUCCGGCCUGUCCUGGGAGGCCGCGGCGGGCGUGCCCGAGACCUUCAUCACGGCGACGCAGGCGCUGCACUUUGUCGGCGGGUUCGACGACCUCAAGGGCAAGACGGUGCUGUGGCACGCCGGCGCGAGCGGCGUCAGCAUCGCGGGGAUCCAGCUCAGCCUGCGGGCGGGCGCGGCGCGCGUCUUCGCCACGGCCGGGAGCGCCGAGAAGUGCGCCUUCAUCGAGAAGGAGUUGGGGGCUACCAGGGCGUUCAACUACAGGGAGGAGGACUGGUCCAAGGGCGUGCUGGAGGCCACGGGCGGGGCCGGCGCGGACCUGAUCGUCGACUACAUCGCGGGCGACUACGUGCAGAAGAACCUGGACUGCGCGGCCCGCGAGGCGCGCAUCGUCCAGCUGGCCUUCAUGGGCGGCGCGCAGCUCAAGGACCUCAACGUCGCGCAGAUACUGUAUAAGCGCAUCCGCUGGGAGGGCAGCACGCUGCGCGCGCGUGACGAGGAGUACCAGGGCCACCUUCGGGACAGGCUCGACCACUACGUGCCGGAAAUGGUGAGCGGUGACAUCAAGGUGUUUGUGGACAAGGUCUUCAAGAUGGAGGAGAUCCAGGAGGCGCACCGGCUGAUGGAGAAGAAUGUCACGAGGGGCAAGAUCAUUGUUACUGUGCCUUGA